GUUGGGGUGCCCCCAACCAAUUUUUCCAGGGCUCCUGUACUGUACAAGCCUAUCGAACAACAGCUGGGGUGCAGGGAAGCGCGGUCCUCUGGUAUCCUGGCUCCUUCGCACCCUUCCACCUGGGCCACCUCAACUGCCUGACCCUCGCCCAGUCCGUUACGUGUGCUUAUGGCCUGAGGCGAGCUGCUCGGCAAGAGCUGGAGAAACAGGGUAUCAAGGUAGCAGGUGCCUAUGCCAAGCCGCAGCUUCAGAAAAGCUUGAGCUAUAAGAAUCUGGACAAUCAGUCAGCAAUCCUCUCCUCCGGGAACGUGCGGCUGCGACUGAUGGAGCUCAUCUUACAGCAGGAGGACGGGAUCAUGGCAGAUCCGUAUGCUAUCAUGCGCAAUUCUGGGAACAACUUUGUGGACCUUCGGUCUUUCCGAGCUAACCUAACUGCUGCUGUGACGCGGAUGGAAGGCUCAGGCCGUGCCGAUUGGGCCUCUUCUCUGGAGAUCAUCUGGGUGAUCGGAGAUGAUGCCUUUUCACACUUCAAGGACAAGUUGCUGGACAGGCCGGCUGCGCCCAAGGAUGAUGCCCUGAAGCAGGUGGGACCUUUCCGGAUGUGCGUGGUGCACAACAGGCCCGGGCAGUGGACAGCCUUGGGCUCACGCGUUGACCAACUGCCGUUUCCCGUCCUAGAAGUGACGGCGCCGCCAGAACUUUCGCCCGACCUCAGCGCCACGGCCGUGCGAAAGCAGUGGCAGAGCGGGGCUUCCGUGGAGGAGUUGGCAAAGCUUCUGGGAAGUACUGCGGCCGCCAGCUACAUGGUGAGCCUGCGAUAG